CGAAUUGCCAAAAGUACUAUUUACUUUUCAACCUUCUCGAAUCUUUCACUUGACAUGUCUUUCUGUUGUUAUAAGUAAAGUCCUCUAUUAAUCACAUAUCCUAUUUUAACUAUCCUGCCAUCUGUGUCGCUUUUAUGUUUAAAGUUUACCCCAAUAAGUCUCUAGGCUCGUUGUGGUCUCUCCAUGGGAUCAUUGCUAAACUAUCUAUUAUAUAUCUAAAAUACCUCUCCUCACUUAUAUAUUCGAUUUAGAAUCACUGCUACUCGAAAUAUGAUGAAGGCCUGGACAUGGACUCAUGGAGGCUAUCCUGAAGCAUUACAAAAAUCGACCCUCCCUUCCACCACAGGGCUCCUCAAGCCACCACAGAUACGUGUGCGAACAAGGGCUUCAUCCAUCAACCCUGUUGAUGUUCAGUUGAUGUCAUACCCCUUAAUAUCACAUCUUCCGGCCUUCCUUGUCCCGCCACACAAAGGCGUAGGUGAGGACUUUUCAGGCAUCGUUGAAGAAGCCGGACCGGACUCUGGCUUCAAGAUCAGUGACGAAGUCCUCGGCAUCGCCCCAUUCCUCCCCGGGGGUACUCUCCAAGAGACAACUAAAAUCGACACUAAAGUAUCUGCAGUAGUGCGGAAGCCAGCUGAUUGGUCCUGGGAGCAGGCCGCUGCCCUCCCGCUGGUUUGGCUCACGGCCCGAACGACUAUUGCCCGGGCAGAGUCUCGCGUGAAAAGCGGGAAGAUAGUGAUCUUAGGUGGUAGUUCCAGCUGCGGCAUGUACGCUGUCUAUCUUGCAAAACAGCGUGGUUGGACAGUGAAAGCCUCCUGCUCUGGCCGCAACGCCGAUUUCGUUCGCAGCACGGGGGCAGACGACAUCAUCGACUAUACAACUACUCAUGUCCCUGAGCAAGUCAAGGCCUUCGCUCCCGAUGCUAUCAUUGAUUUUGUUGGUGGUACAUAAUGUCUAGGAAUAUCAAAGGCAUACGUGACUGUCGUCGGCGACAAAACUGACCGGCUAUCUCCGGGUGGUUGGUAUAUUUACCUAUGGAAUCCUCAGAUGCUCCUGCGCGCCAUUGCCGGGAAGAUAGGUCUUGGCCAAUAUUAUACCUGUAUUAAUCUUGAGUUUAGCACUUCCUUUUGAAAGGAAUUACUCGAUCUACCUAAGGAUAAGAUCGUUAUUAACUCCGUAUUUGGGUUUGACCAAGUCAAAGAGGCAUUUGAUAAGCUUAAUACAGGGCGUGUAAGGGGCAAGUUAGUUGUCAAUAUCGCUACGUGAGGGGUUAAAGUAGUGCAUAACUAUUAUUUAUUUCUUUGGUAUUGUCUAGUCUUGAUAGCUGUUAUAGGAGUGUUGCCUAGGUACGCGAAAUUAUUUAAUUAGUAUAACCAGUUGAGGACCAAUACACUCUCUGGGCACCUUGGCCUGGCCGCUCCUAGUUGUUACUGUCAG